CUAACUAUUGGCAAGUGGCAACUGGCGCCAGUUAUAUUUAACGUGCCAAAGUUUAAUGCCGUUAUAACUGUUUUAACCCUCUCUCCCCUCUUGAGGCUCCGAACCCUCGCUAAGGAAAAGAACGAGAAGAAAUGAAAGAGAGGUUGGAGAGAGAGAGAUUUUGGGAGAUUAGCUAAAGGAUCUUCGAUCUCCUCAAGAGGGUUUACGGAGAGAGAGAGAGAGAGAAAGAGAUGGGAACAGAGAGGGAGGAGAUGGAGAGGGAAACAACAGGAGAAGACAUGGCGAAGAGGACGGAUGAUGGAUCUAACGCCGCCGUCGGCGAAGAAAGGUGGUGGAGCAAAGGAUGGAAUGUGGUAUUGAAGAUCAAGGAGAAGAUCAAGGAGUGGUUGGAGGAUGUAGUUGUGCCGCGGUGGAAGAAUUUCAUUCGCCAAUUCAACAAGAAUCAGGUAGGAGGUGGAGGUGGAGGUGGAGGCAGUUGUGGUGGUGGUGGUGGAGUAGGGUUGAACAAUAAGGGAAAAUUCCAAUACGAUCCAUUGAGUUAUGCGCUCAAUUUCGAUGAAGGGCCAGGGCAAAGCGAUGAACCGGACAAUGACCGCCUUUAUCGUGACUUCUCCUGCCGCUAUGCUUCCAUUCCCAUCUCUGCUAUGUCCUCCAUGGAUCUUGGCAGAGACGGCCCUUCCUUCUCUUUAAGAUGAUUCAAGCUCCAUCAAUCAUUCCUUGCUUCUGUGAAGGAAGAGAGAGAGAAGUACUGUAGACCGUUUUCCGAUUGGAAGCGCAUCCGUUGGGGAAUUCAGAGAGCGCCGGAGGAGGCGAUCCGCUCCCCGUUGCAAUAGCUGGGGCGAGACCGCGAGAGUCGUCCUCUAAAUGCGUAGCACCUUCGUUAAACUUUUCUAAGAAGUCGACCAUGUGGAGGCGAGGGGGACGAGGAAAGAGUUGGAAAUUGAAAUAUAUUGGAAUAUGAUUUUCCGGUUCUUAAUUAUUUUUUCUUUAAUUUAUUAUUAUUAUUAUUAUUAUUGAGGACGUGCAUAAGAAUCAGCACAGUGACUUCGUGGGCUUUUUCUCUCUCUAACUUUCUUUCUCAAAAUUGAUCAAUAUUUAUUCCAUGGCUUGGAUAC